AUGGCAUCGCCCGCAGAGACCGACCUGGCUCUGUCUCUGUCUCUGUCUGAGGCGGACAGCAGCAAGGAGAAGACUCAUGUGUUUGGCAUUUUGAGGCUGCAGGAGGAGAAGUCUGGUGUUGUGGAUAAAGCUAGCAGUAGCAGCAGCACGGUGAGAGGAGGAGGUGGAGGUGGUGGAGGAGACGGGCGAUGGCAGGCUCCUAUCUUCGCCUUGGCCAGGAAAGCAUCAGAGACCCUUACAGGGAGCAUUCACGUCCUGCCCAAAGUGUCGGACCACAGGACGUCUCUGCCCGGUGACUGGACCGUCCAAGCCCUACGAGACCCCAUGGCCAUGGAGCGAGCCAACCUGCUGAACAUGGCCAAGCUGAGUAUUAAAGGGCUGAUCGAGUCGGCUCUGAGCUUCGGACGAACUCUGGACUCGGACUACCCACCUCUUCAGCAGUUCUUUGUCGUCAUGGAGCACUGCCUCAAACAUGGCCUCAAAGUGAAGAAGUCAUUCCUGGGCUUUAACAAGUCUCUGUGGGGUCCUAUGGAGCUGGUGGAGAAACUGUGUCCUGAAGCAGCGGAGAUUUCCGCCUCUGUACGAGACCUGCCUGGACUUAAGACUCCAUUAGGCAGGGCCAGAGCUUGGUUGCGUCUGGCUCUCAUGCAGAAACGACUGGCCGACUACCUACGACUCCUCAUCACCAGAAAAGACCUGCUCAGUGAUUUCUAUGAGAAUUCAGCGCUGAUGCUGGAGGAGGAGGGAGCCGUGAUAGUGGGCCUGCUGGUGGGCCUGAACGUCAUCGAUGCUAACCUCUGUGUCAAAGGCGAGGACCUGGACUCUCAGGUCGGGGUGAUCGACUUCUCCAUGUACUUGAAGAAUGACAUUGAUGAUUACAGGAGUGAAGAGAGGAACAGCCAGAUAGCGUCCAUCUUGGAUCAGAAGAACUACGUCGAGGAACUGAACAGACAACUCAACUCCACAGUUCAUGGUCUUCAGGGCAGAGUGGACAAUCUGGAGAAGUCCAAUACUAAACUCAUAGAGGAGUUAGCCAUAGCAAAGAACAACAUCAUCAAACUGCAGGAAGAAAACCAGCAGCUGAGGAGUGAAAACAGCCUUAUUCUGCUGAAGGCACAGCAACAUUUAGAGGUAACCCAAGGCGAUGCGACAGUGGAGAGAGAUACAUACAAACAGUCGCGUCAAGGUUUGGAUGAGAUGUACAGUGAGGCUCAAAGGCAACUGAAGGAGGAGUGUCAGCUCAGACAGGAUGUGGAGAAUGAGCUGGUUGUUCAGAUGUCGAUGAAACAGGAAAUGGAGCUGGCCAUGAAACUUCUGGAAAAAGAUAUUCAUGAAAAGCAGGACACACUGAUUGGACUGAGACAUCAACUGGAUGAAGUCAAAGUCAUCAAUGUAGAGAUGUACCAGAAGAUGCAGUCGUCUGAUGAGGAGAUGCAGAAGAAGAACGACGUGAUCACUCGUCUGGAGGAGAAGACCAAUCAGAUCACUGCCACCAUGAAGCAGCUGGAGCAAAGAUUACAGGAGGCAGAGAGGCACCGCACCUCGGCCGAGGAGGGAACCAGACGCUUCAAGUUGGACUUUGCUAACAAGGCCGACAGCCUGCAGCGGCAGAUCGAACACAGAGAAAGGCAACUCCAGCAGCUGGACACGGACCUGAAGAUAGAGAGGGAGUGGAGGCAGACGUUACAAAACGAUCUAAACAGAGAGAGGGAUACGGUUUCUCAGCUCAGCACAGAGGCGCUGCAGAUCAACGGACUAAAGAAGGAGUUCCAUCGUCUCCAGGAUGAAAACAGUCAGCUGAAGACCAUCUGUGAGGACCAAGAACAAGCUCUCGAGGAACUAGGCUCCAAACUCAGCGAAUCCAAACUGAAGAUUGAAGACAUCAAAGAAGCCAACAAAGCUCUUCAGGGGGGUCAGGUUUGGUUGAAGGACAAGGAUGCCAGCCACUGUAAGCUGUGUGAGAAGGAGUUCUCCAUCUCGAGACGAAAGCACCACUGUAGGAACUGUGGGGAGAUUUUCUGUAACAGCUGCUCCGACAAUGAGCUCCCUCUGCCCGCCUCGCCAAAACCAGUCAGAGUGUGCGACACCUGCCACGCCCUCCUCCUCCAGCGAUGCUCCUCCAAUCCAACGUGAAGGAGCCCCACAGUGCUGUCGUGACUGCUUCAAACAAUCUGAGAUGAGACUCAUAAAUCCCCAUCCUCCGGUCCUCUGUAAGAUCCAUCUCCCAACUUGUCUCAACACACCGUAUGCUGCUAGAAAUGGACCGUGUGCAUGAACAUUUAGUACAUUUCUAUUUGUCUUCAUUUACUGGUUGGAAAAGUCCCUCAUAGACAAAAUGAGGGGCGUCUGCAUCAUUCUGACCCGUCUUUGUUUGACGUCACUACUUUUUUUUGCAGAUGCUCUGCUAGUGUACAUUAAAACAUCGUCUCUUGUUAUCUGAGACAGAGGAAGAGGCAGAACGGUCCACAUGGGCCAACAUGUCUUACUUGGAAAUCAAAGGAGUGAAAAUCUUUGGUCUGCUUUAAUAUAAACAAUCAUUAUCCUAAAUAUACAUCAGUUAUAUUUACAGCAUAUUUAGAUAUCAAUGACCUUUAACAGAGAGGGAGUCAUGCGAAACACAACUGUCUGACCGAGCUCUGCUAUGAAAGGAGGAACGACUUUACUAUGAACUGAAAGUGAAACUGCACUGACUGUGAUGAGCACUACUGCAGCUUAAAUGCAGAUUCUCAACCAAACUUCCAGUCUUAUUUAGUAUUGCAUCAUUAUAAUGUAUGUAUCAAGCCUCAAACUGUAUACAGUACGUGUAUAGCCAAACAGAUGAGAUUCUAUAAUUUAUACAUACAGUACAGUAUUGUGGCCUUGUUACUGAGUCUGACUGCAAAGCACCCUCUUUUUGAGUGAAAUGAACACACAUUUACACAGGCACAAACGAUCAAGUCAACCUGACAGGUUGGAUUCAACUUUAUUAGAUACUAGACUGAAAUAUAAACUUUAUAUACAGUAUUUCUGUUUAAGUGGCCGUGAGAACUGGUCUCAUUUUUCUCUCCCUGUUUUAAUUUUUUUACGGAGAAACAUGGGAAUAUAUUUUGACAAUGAAACUUUUCUGCAAACUAAUUCCAGGAACGUCCGCAGCUCCAAGCAGAUUUUGUUCUGCUGACACUAUGACCAGACUAGUUCCCCCUCGAGGCUGUGACUUUCAAAGGAACUGAAAAUCUGUUUUUUUUUUAACAACGUUGCUGCCGUUUGUGCCUGUGGAAAUGCAGUGAAUAUUACUCACUUGUGCUUCUUGUUGCCAAAAUGAGCCCUAGAUUUCUACAGAGAGGAUUUCUGUAGAGAGAAAUAUUUCAAAGGAGCAACACUAGCCAAUACUAGCCAAACACAGGCAUUCUAGACUAAAGGCACAUUUCACUGUUUGUUUGAGACACUAAUGCAGUGGAUGCUGCUUUGACCAAGAAGAGCAACAGAUGCCGUCAUUUCUGGUGACAGAUUGAAGCCAGAUUUCCUAAAUGGCUCUUUAGUUGAUGAACCACUGACGGCUAGCUUACAACAUGACCACUUCACUGACUAGUUAGUGGUUGUUUAAGAACAUACUUGCACACUUAUGAUACCAUACCCACGAAGUAUGUUUGAGCACAUGCCAAUCCUAUAUUACCUGUAAUAUCGAUUCAUUUGAGAGUAUUUAUAUUUGAUUUUGUGUUUUAUGCACAUUCAUUUUUACUUUCAGAAGUCUGGGGAACUUGUUUGAGCUUUCCCAGUUCACUUGAAGUUAGUUGUAAUCUGAGCAGAUGGAGACUUUAUAGAAGAACCACACUUGACUGCUGCUCCAUUCCUGAGAGGGAACAUUUGAAACUGAACCAUUUUUGUUCCUUUUUUUUUUUUUUAAAUGUGUCUUUGUUGUCAAACUAAUGCUGAUGACUGUAAAGUACAGUCUUCAGUGACGGGUUACGAUACGAGCUCCACUGCACAUUCUGGUUUUGUACUUGUAUACAAUGUUUACAACCUGUGACUUUUCAAGAACUGGAAGUAUUCAUUCCCAUCAAGAGAUGAAACAGGCCUGAGUUCAUUUCAAUAUGUGUUUUUUAUUGUUUCAAAUAUUUAAAAACUCACCAAUUUAUCAUAUCAUUAAGUAUUACAGACAAACAUUUCUGAAAUGCACCCAGGCCUAAAACCUUUUUGUACAGUGUCACUCUUACAAAUCUCCCAGCCUUCAAUGGGACUUGUACAGUGUAGAUACCACUGUAUGUUGUAUAUACAUAAUGUUGAUAAUCACUGUGGCCCUUUAGCUUACUAAAUCCUGCCAGUUUAAUAUUAACUCUAUUGCCAACAGUAUGUUGCCUUGACUGUGUAGCAUUUUCUGAUUAAAUCACGUUACAAACACAA